AUGUUCUUGAAACGAUGGAUUUUGGCAUUGACAACUGUUCAAGCAUGCUGGGACGAUGCAGACGGACGUUUUGACAAGCGCAUGGCAGAUUAUUAUCACCGCCAACGUCUACACGAGCGAGCAUUCCCUGGGUCGCAGGUGCCCGACGGCUCGGAAGUUUUGAGGCCACUUGUUUGGGGUGACUUGAAUUUUAUACAUGUCACCGAUACGCAUGGAUGGCUAACCGGGCACCCGACUGAAGAAUACUCUUCAGGUGACUGGGGCGACUUGGUGUCGUUUAGCGAGCAUAUGCAAGCUGAAGCGGACGCCAAGGGCGUUGAUUUGGUGGUCAUUGAAACCGGUGAUCGCCAUGAGGGUGAUGGUCUCGCAAGCGCUACAAAGGUAGAUGGCUCUUUAUCUCAAUUUGUUUUCGCCCAAGCCAAGUUCGACGUACUUUCUGUCGGCAACCACGAGCUCUACAAGAACGAGUACGCUCUUCAGGAAUACAAUACUCUUCGACCAUUUUACGGCCAAGCUUAUCUUUCUUCAAAUGUCGAGUACUAUAUCAACGAUACGUGGGUUCCGGCUGGCAACUAUUAUCGUGUAUUUACAACCAAGAAUCUUGGAAAACGAAUCCUUGCGUUUGGCUUUAUUUUCAACUUUGACAAGUACGACAAUGGCACUCGUGUUGUGAAGGUUGAAGAUGCUGUUCAAAGGCAAUGGUUUAAGGAUGCUCUCACCAAGGAAGACUACGAUGUUGUUUUGGUUACUGGCCACAAUCCAGUUCGGGGCUACGCCGAGUUUGAUGCUAUCGUUGAUGCAGUUCGUGAAAUCAACAGCACUGUUCCAAUUCAAGGUUUUGGAGGACACACACAUGUCAGAGACUAUCGGGUAUUUGACUCUCGGGCCGUUGCAUUGGAAUCUGGCAAGUACUUGGACACCAUUGGCUGGGCAAGUGUCAAGUUUGAUAGCGAAGGACUUAACGGAACAGAUAUCUCUUUUACCAGACGAUACAUUGACUUUAAUCCCCAAAAUCUUGCUAGGCAUCUCAAUCGGUCAAUUACUACCUUUACAACUGACAGAGGUGCUGCAGUGUCUCAACAGAUUCGAGAGUACCGUAAAGAUCUUAAGCUUGAUAAGGUUCUCGCCCAGGUUCCUCAAGACUACUUUCUUGAUUAUGCUCCGUAUCCUGGUCCUAAUUCGCUUGUAUCUCUGACCGAGGAACAAAUCUUGCCUCUUCUCAAAGGUAAGCAUCACCACCGACCUCACCUCACGAUCUUCGGAACCAAUUUGCUUCGCUAUGAUUUGCGUAAAGGUAAUUUUAUCGAGGAUUCAAAAUAUAUGGUGGAUCCAUACCGUACCAAUUGGGUUUAUGUCAAGGAUGUUCCUGUACGCAUAGCCAGUUCACUUUCGGACAGCUUGAACAAGAAGAAGGUAGCAAAACGACAUGUCGAAACCUCAACAAUCCCUACUCUUGGAACUGCGCAAUCAACAUAUCUCCCUACUGUGGCUACAGCUGCCCCUAAUAUUUCUGCAAACUAUGGGUAUGCUACUAUUGAUGAUUUUGGUUCUGAUGGAGAUGACACUCGCCAUCAAGCGCUUCCAGUGUACGAUUUCCCACCGUACAUUACACAUGCCGCCAACAUUGAUAGCUCUACGACUAGUGUGGAUGUGGUAUUUCUGGAAAAGAAUCAGAAGGAUAUUUUGAAAAAGCUACGGAAAGCCGGUGUGAACGCCGAGCCUGAACCGUACGGAGGCCAGUCAAUACAGGACCUCUUUGAAAAGUACUUUGUGGAUCGUCACAGUUAG